UUACUUCGCUGUGAAUAAUAAUAGCUAUGUGUUGGGCAAAAUCGCAAGAUAUCACUACUAGGCGAAUAUCAGGCACGUUUCACAUAUAACGUUAAACAUGGCGGAUUGAAAAGGAGAAUUAAGUUCUUUAAAUUGCACAAUUGCUGUGAAAUCGCGACGAACAUACAGAAAGGCCUACCUUCCUGCAGUCUGUCAGUCUUAUCGGGAGUUUCCACACAAAGUCGUUGGCAGUUUAGUAUGGCGGCCUCAAGGGAGCUGGAUGCGAUUCAAACUCGUGUGCUGGAAAUGGAUGAGUCUGACAUGCAGUAUGAGGUAGAGAGACCGUUUCCCUACAGCCCUCAGGCAGGGUUGUUCUUCAGUAUGAACCAUGAGGAGAAAAUUGAUUCUGAUAGGAGAUCUAUCUAUGUGGGGAAUGUCGAUUAUGGAGCAACUGCAGACGAACUGGAGAUGUACUUUAAUGGCUGUGGCCACGUUAACAGAAUUACAAUCCCGUAUAAUAGAUUCACAGGCCAUCCAAAAGGUUUUGCCUACAUUGAGUUCUCAGAGAGGGAGUCUGUGAGGACUGCCAUGACUUUAGAUGAAACACUAUUCAGAGGACGUGUCAUUAAGGUAUUGCCAAAAAGAACAAACAUUCCAGGUUUCAGGACUACAGACUUGCGUGGAGGUUGGUCCCGAGGACGAGGUUUCCGUGCUUCGAGAUUUUACAACCCAUUCAGGGGCUGCCACUUCAUUAGGGAAAAUGGAUUAGCUGAUCCUUGGGUCGAUUCUUUUUGAUAUUCAAUUUGGACUUUUCUGUUAUCUUCAAAGCACUUCUUGGUGCUGAUUAAUUUAUGUUUCAGUAAUUGCAUGACGGGAGCUCAGUUAUUAUUUUUCUAUGUGUGUGUAGCUUGAAUGACACUACAAAAACGGAGAGUUGAUUUGUAUUGAUUGGUUGCUAUUUUAUUUAUAUUUUAUUCCAUUUCUUUAAAAUACCAUGCCUGUAAGAGGCUGAGAUGUCUUGUGAAUUUCAGUACUUUGUCUGUUUUGGAAUUUCAGUGCUUAAAUUGAAGUCAAAAUCAAUGUAAAUAAAAUCAACAUUAUCACACGUCAUUUCACGAAA